AUGAUUCCUUCUAAUCAAAACGAUAAACAACGCUUCAGUAAUGAAUGUAGAAUAUACUAUCAGGGAAAACAAACAAUCCUUAAAUUUCUUGAUGAAUUUGAGGAGUAUUAUACGUCAAAAACAGCGAUUCACUGGUAUACAAGAGAAGGUUUUUUAUUUCGUCUUAUAAAUAAAGCAUUUCGUCAUCGGAAUAUCAAUGUAAUAAAUUUACUUCAUUUUUUUAUUGUUGAUUUAUUUAAUGAAAUUAAGAAAACAUCGACAUUACAGAAACAGGAUCAUCUCGUGUGUUUUCGUGGUCAACUUAUUUCAAAUAUAGAACUUGAAGCAUUGCAAGAAAAGAAAUUAAUUCGUGCUAAUAGUUUUAUAUCAGCGACACAAAACUAUGAAUUAGCUAAAAUAUUUGCCAGAGGAGGUGCCGCAUUGACUAACGACCUGCAGUGCGUAAUGUUCAAAAUAGUAAUUGAUAAAAAUGCUUGGAAAACUAAACGUUUUGCUGACAUAGUAAAACUGAGUUACAACGAAGAUGAAGAAGAAAUAUUUUUCGCAGCUGGGAUAGUAUUUCGCAGUACCUCAAUUAUUGACGAUGAAGAUGAUCGGAUGUGGUAUGUUUGGUUAGAAUUAUACAAAUCUGAUUUUUUUCCUAAUGCAUUUAUUUAUAUAUUGAAUAUUGUUCCAUAA